CUUCCUGGGAAAGUAGAACGAAACUUUUCCCAGAUGAAGAGAACGCACCUGUUCCUUGUGGGGGUCUACCUGCUGUCCUCCUGCAGGGCAGAAGAGGGGCUCAACUUUCCCACGUACGACGGCAAGGACCGCGUGGUAAGCCUCACUGAGAAGAACUUCAAGCAGGUUUUGAAGAAGUACGACUUACUCUGCCUCUACUACCACGAGCCUGUGUCCUCAGACAAAGUCGCGCAGAAACAGUUCCAGCUCAAAGAAAUCGUGCUGGAGCUUGUGGCCCAGGUCCUGGAACAUAAAGAUAUAGGCUUUGUGAUGGUGGAUGCCAAGAAAGAAGCCAGGCUUGCCAGGAAACUGGGUUUUGAUGAAGAAGGAAGCCUGUAUAUUCUUAAGGGCGAUCGCACGAUUGAGUUUGAUGGCGAGUUUGCCGCUGACGUCCUGGUGGAGUUUCUCCUGGACCUAAUUGAAGAUCCUGUGGAGAUCAUCAGCAGCAAACUGGAAGUCCAAGCCUUUGAACGCAUUGAGGACCAGAUCAAACUCAUUGGCUUUUUCAAGAGUGAAGACUCGGAGUAUUACAAGGCUUUUGAAGAGGCAGCUGAACACUUCCAACCUUACAUCAAAUUUUUUGCUACCUUUGACAAAGGGGUUGCAAAGAAAUUAUCCUUGAAGAUGAAUGAGGUGGACUUCUAUGAGCCAUUUAUGGAGGAACCCAUUGCCAUCCCUGACAAACCUUACACAGAAGAGGAGCUCGUGGAGUUUGUGAAGGAGCACCAAAGACCCACCCUACGUCGCCUGCGUCCAGAAGAUAUGUUUGAAACAUGGGAAGAUGAUUUGAAUGGGAUCCACAUUGUGGCCUUUGCAGAGAGGAGCGACCCAGAUGGUUACGAGUUCCUGGAAAUCCUGAAACAGGUCGCCAGGGACAACACGGACAACCCUGACCUCAGCAUCGUGUGGAUCGACCCGGACGACUUUCCCCUGCUUGUUGCCUAUUGGGAAAAGACUUUCAAGAUUGAUCUAUUCAAGCCACAGAUCGGGGUGGUGAAUGUGACAGAUGCGGACAGCGUCUGGAUGGAGAUCCCUGACGACGACGACCUGCCCACGGCCGAGGAGCUGGAAGACUGGAUCGAGGAUGUGCUUUCCGGGAAGAUAAACACUGAAGACGAUGACAUUGAGGAUGAUGAUGACCAGGACGAUGACGAUGAUGACAAUUCCGAUGAGGACGACGACGACAGUGAUGAUGAUGAUGAGUAGCCCCCGCCCCGCUCUGGAUGACGGAUGAGAGCAAAAUCACAGCUGCACACGACCAUGCGGACAGCACACAGCCCUGGCGCCCCCCCUCCCCCCUCCUCCGGAGCUGUAGCACUCAGCACAGGCCUCUAAACCCAGGAACCCCACUCAGCAGGGACAAGUGGGGGCAUUAUUGCUGUAUGGACUGUCUCGAUGGUCUUGGACAAGCUCUCCUUCCCCACCAGACCGUCAAUGGUCCUGGCAGUGCCGGAAUCCGGUGGGCGGGGGGAGAACAGUCCCCUGACACUGCGACUCAUGUUUACCUGUUGUCUUUGACGGGACAGUAACACAGUGGACAGUGGGCAGACUCAAAGCAUGGAGUGACCUGACAGUCAGAGCCCAGGGAGCCCUGCAAGGAAGCCAGUUGGCCCCCGUGCCUGGAACAUCAGCAAGGAUCCCUCCUCAAGGCAAGAGGUUCUCUCUUGGGAAGGCUCAGCCUUAGAAACGAGCUUAUAAGUCAGGUUCUCUUGGCUCUGUUAAACUUACUAUUUCAAGUGUAGGUGACAGCAUGAUGAGCUUAGAUCCAGGGGCCUGGAUAGCAACCGGGAGGCCUUGAAACACCUACGUACAGAUGGCACCAUCAUUUCUAGUACGCUAGGAUGUGGGAUGGGAGGCUGAUUUGCUUUCUGAACUUCCCUUUAGGGACAGAUCUUCCAGUAUGCAUGAGGGGGCAGAGGAACUGGAAGCAUUACAAGUUUUUAAUGUUUUCUUCCGGGUUCAUGCCCCUGAUUGAGUCAGCUGGCUUCCUAGCCUGAGCAGGCAUCUGGAUACCCUUCUCUGCUCGUGAGCCCUCCCGUGGGGAGAGAAAGUUGGCUUAUCCAGAGGUCAACCAAGGCUCCAUUUGUCAACCCUCCUACACUGGCACAGGACAAUAGCUAGAGUUCAUAAGGGUGCCCUCAGGCACUGAGAGAAUCCCAAAGUGCCUUCAAAACUAUGUAGAAGUUACAUUGUGCUCGGUCGUUUCAGCAUUAAGUGUGCAUUAUAACGUUCUAAUUUAUUUUCUCGAUCUUUUAACACAUGUGUAAGACACUGUGCAAAUGCUUUGGAAAUAGGGUAAAUCCUUUAAUGGAAUAGUAGUCAACUAACUCUGUCAUUAAACUUAUACUUUGAAAAUAUUGAGACUAUCUUCGAAAUCCUCUCUCG